UAGAUUAUCACAUUUCAAUCUGUGACGACGACCAUAAAAGAAGCCAAAAUAAUGUUUAAACGCCACGCACGAUUAAAUGUAAUCCAAGGAUCAGAUGGAGCAGGAAUACCUCCCCUGCUAUCGUGCUUCACAGUGGGAUCUACUGUCCGCUGCAAGAUUUGCUUCGACGAGGAAGUAUUGGGCGAGGUGGUGGCCUUCGACGCGGGUACCAAAUUGCUAAUGCUAAAAGUACCCACCAAGAAACGCGGCUCCGGUGGCAGAAUGCUUUGUGACAUGAACAUCGUAAACCUAAACUUCUGCAUAGAUUUGGAGAUCGUCAAGGAGGUGGUGCUGUCGAAAAAUAUGCAAACACCGGCGGCCCUCAGCCUGCAGAAGCUGCAGAAGCGUCUGAAUGACGUCACAGUGCAGAGGGCCAAGUAUCUUAAGUGCUUCCAUCCGAAAGUCUUGCCCAUAGGCCAGGCGCUGUAUCGCCAAAUUGCCAAUCAUUUGGGUGACCAUCAGGUGUCCUGGCUCGAACAGGAUAAGAUAGUCUCCAUCUUUGUGCUGCAGCAGGUGAUCAUUGAGCCACCCUAUGGGGUUGCCAAUGUCAGAAGCCAGCAGGAGGCGCCGAAACUUGUGCUCUAUGUCCAGCGGAUUGUGCAGCAGUUCCUAAACAAUCAAAAUUAAAACAAAUCCC